UACUACAGCUAAGGCUAAAUAUACAAAUAUUAAUUUGUUCAGGAAGACGUUGCAUGCCGACCUUCCUGGAGCCACAAGAAACGUAACCUAAUUAAUAUUCAUGAGCGAAGCUUUCGCCAUAGUAGGAUUCGAAAGUUUGCCUUCCCCCAACAGCAACACUGUCCUUUAGCGCGAAAAGUGCGGUGCCUUUCCUAUCGAGGAAGGCUUGAGCUGGCUACAGCCAUUAUGGCUGCUGUUAAUGCUGCAAAUGAUGGUAGUUUGCAAUCCAAUAAUGAAAGUUUGUCCUCUGAAUAUGAGAAAGGUGCAGCCCAAGAGGUAAACAUCGAUCCAGUGAGCAAUGGCAAAGCCAGCAAUGCUAAAAACACGGACGGAGAAAUGGAAUUAAGUCCCAGUGGCCCUAUAUUGAAAGCCCAGGACCACGCCGAAGUUGUUGCAGCCAAUGCUGCAGUUGCACCCGCGAAGAUUAAAAUAGAACAAGCAGAGGAAGAUGAAUGUGUAGUUGUACAUAUAGACGAGAUCGAGGAAGAAAAUGUGGCUGAUAUGUCUACCAAUAAAGGAGACUCGUCUGAAAGAGAUAAAAGUGCCAAAGGGGAUUGGCCAUUUCGCUGUGAGGAUUGCAGUGAGGCCUUUGGGAACAAGGAGGACUACCUAGAGCAUCGCAGCGAGCAUAUCCACGAUGGUCCCAUAGUCUGCCUGGACACAGAUUCGCAAUGGGAUGACCUGCUUAUCUCGACUGACGGAGGACGGAGAAUGUUGUUCUGUGCUCUUUGCGGUCAAAAGUUUUCAAGCUCGAAAGGCUUUUUCAGCCAUCAACUGAAGCACCGCAAUCAAGUCAUUAAACGGGGGAUAGGUGAAGGUGCAGUAAGGCAGAAGCUUUUCAAAUGUAAGGAUUGCGGUAAAGCUUAUUCCACUGUUGGUCAGUGUCUCAACCAUCAGCGUUCACAUAAACAGGCCUCAAAAUCUGUUUUUCAUCAGCUCGCUCAUCUAAAGAAAAAGUCAUUUCGGUGCCCCACCUGUGGACGCUGUUACUCUCGAGCUUCGGCUCUUGACGCGCAUCGUCGUUGUCAUGAGGUAAAGCUAGUGAAAUCCAAAAGCUGUGAAACUGAGAAACUUAAUGAAGUUCCAGGUCAAACCGAAGACAGUGGCACAAGCCCUGAACAGAAUGAGGAGCUUGAGCAAAAGGUUUUUCAGUGCUUCUGUGGCAAAUCUUUUCGCACCAUGUGUGGCCUUGGCACGCACCAGAGAUUCUCAACCAGCUGUUCAGAUGUGAAGGUGAAGGAGGAAAUUAAACAUCCGUUUGUUUGCUCUGAAUGUGACAAGACCUUCGUUAGCUCUGUGGCUCUGUUGUGCCAUCAGCGUUGGCAUAAAAGACGGGCACAACUUGGCUGCAAUGGCCAGCCGUAUAAAUGUACCGAGUGUGGCAAGGUCUUCACCUCACUUACAUUCUACAAUAAGCACCAGCGAUUGGCGCACAGCGAAGAGCUGCCAGCAAAAUCAUUCCUUCAUCAAGUUAUCCAGCUCAAGAAGAAAGCUUUUGAGUGUGAGGAGUGUGGUCGUCGGUUCUCACGAGCAUCCGCCUUGCAGUCGCAUCAGCUCUGUCAUACUGAUGUCUUCCGUGACAUCAUGGAGAAGAAGUCUGAGAUGAGCACCGCCACUCAGCCAGUUAAAAUAUAUCAGAAUGACAAUGCUGACAGUGUUGUUUUUCAUUCUCAAGACAUAUCACAUGCUCAAGUUCAAGAGAAAGAUUUUAACUAUAGUCACACAGCAGAAGAGCAUGAGGCCGUAGAUGUCGAUUAUGAAGUUGUCCAUAUCACAGCUUCAGAUGAUUAUGAGAACAACAGUGGUUUCUCUCAGGAUCAUAAUCCUGAUCUUGAGUUAGUGUGUGAAUCAGACCACGAGGAAAAAGAUGACUUGGGUCAAACUGAAUGCACCUCCUCCCUGCAGUCGAAUCCAGAAAUUGAUGUCAAAAUUGUACAGAUUGAUUAUGAGCACUUAAAUGAUGAACCAUUAAUAAAUGCAGAACUAACAAACAAAAGAAAUCCUCAAGAGGCAAAGUAUAAUUGUCCACAUUGUGAUCGAAAGUUUGUCAAGGCUUUGUCCUUGCGCUGUCAUAUACUUUGGCACAAAGGGUGCAUGGGAAAAAAAUCAGAUGGGAAGCAGAAGUUUGACGUAUUGAUACCAACUAAGGGGACACUUUUAACAUGUGAGGUUUGUGGCCAUGAAAGUGCCUCCAAGAGUGCUCAUUACUUUCACAUGGGCAAGCAUGAGGAUAAAGUAGCGUAUAAGUCUAUUUCGUACCAACUUGCAAAUCUGCAGAAGAACAAUAUUAAAUGUGAAGAGUGUGGCAAGUCUUUUUCCCGACUGUCUGCAUUGCAUUCUCACCAACAGCAUCACAAUAGUAGAAAAAAGGCCUUCGCUUGCUUGGAGUGUAACAGGAGCUAUGCAACCGCAAGUGGUCUGUACAACCACCGGAAGGUUUGCAGUGGCAAUGCCAAAGACGAAAAGACAAAGCAUUUCAACCCAACCAAGUCACUUUUGGGCCCAAAGGUUCAUCACUGUAAAAAGUGUGGUAAAGGUUUUUGGUCUUUGGGAGCUUUCUGUCAUCACAAGCAAAACCACUUGGAGUGUGCUGAUGUUGAGACGAGGCCUGCGGGUACACCUGACUCUGAGAAUGUUCUCAUUCGACGCAAGAAAAAGGGUCGUAGAGGUGGUUAUAGAAAAGUGCACACUAUGAAUUCAAAAGAGAAACAUAAAUGUGAGGUGUGUGGCAAGUCAUACCACAUGCUGGCUUGUUUUCUUAAACACAAGCUUGUCCAUGACCAAGGUGUCCAACCGGCUGUCAAAUCUUUUGACUAUCAAGUCCAACAGCUGAAAAAGAACUCCUACCAAUGUCCCUACUGCGGAAAAGUUUUCUCCCGUGCCAUGGCCCUCCAGUUUCACAUGAAAAGUCAUGGCUUUGAAACUGGCCUUCCUUUGAUUGACUCUGACUUGUCUGAGCAACCUCAGUGUCCGACGUGCUAUGUUUUUUUUGCAUCUGAGUCAAUACUACAAAAUCAUCAGAAGCACUGUUCAAAACCAGAGAACAAAGUGGAAUUUCCAGAAGAGUGUGGGAAAGUUGGGAUAGAGGAGCAAGAUGUAUCCUCGCAAAAAGCUGAAGAUGUUUGUGACUCUUCUCAGUCUGCUGAUUCUGGAAAAGUACAGAAAACAUCUUCGACUUCGGAUUUGAAAUAUAAAUGUCAGAACUGUAGCCGAAGCUUUUCGGUAAUUGGUGCACUUAAUUUUCACAAGCGAAUUCAUCGCAAAGGUCACCAAUCUAAAAAGUUGAAAUCCCGUUCGGCAAAACAGUUAAAGCCUGGCAAAGUAAAGUCAGAUAAGUUUUCGGCAAAAUCGUCUUUUGCUUGUGCUGAAUGCGGAAGAUAUUUUAGCUCCAAUUCAGCUCUUGGCACACAUAGGCGAUGGCACAAAGACAAAAAAUUUGCCCGAUUUCUCUCAAAGACCAAUAAGAUACGCUCAAGGAAAAGUGUGGAUGGUGGACCAUAUUUAUGCAAUGUAUGCGGGAAAGGAUUCUUUUACCUUUGUGUUCUUCGCCGGCAUCAGCUAUAUCACCCUCCCAUGGAAGCUCAACACCAAAAAGAGCACGAAGUUGCUGAAUCAAAUAGUGGUUUUACCUGUCCAGAUUGUCAGAUGUCUUUCUCAAGUGGGUCUCUUCUAACAACUCACUUUGCAGAACAUCACAGCAAGCCUAGUGAGACUGAGAAACUCCAGUCUGAAAUCCUCCCUACAGAUGAGUUGGGUCCACCCAUCAAACAAUCGUACACAUCCAAAACAAAAGAGAAGACUAAGGUGCAACACCAUCAGUGCUCCUACUGCACCAAGAGCUUCUUGAACAUACGUGGCCUUCGUGCACACAAAUGGCAGAAACACAACAAGGUUAGCGAACAUACCACUGCGUCUCUAGAAGAGCGCUUGGCAUAUGAGAAGCCCUUAGCUUCUCAAGGGAUCAUUCCUAAAAUGUCGACUAAGAAAGAGCUGAAAACUUCUAUGGAGGAAGAACCCAUACAGCGUAGUCGAAAUGUAGAACUCAGGAAAUGUUUUUUCAAAUGUGAUAAAUGUGCUAAAGCGUUCCCCAGUGAGGGGCAGUUAAACGCUCACAAAGAGGUUGUGAAGACUCGUCCGCACUGCUGCGCUCUUUGCUGUCGCGGUUACUGGACUGAAAACCAGCUUCAACAGCAUCUCGCAUGGCACAACGAAGUACGCCGACGUCUCCCAACCGAACUGCGAUACAGACUGAGUGCUUCCAUGGCACCUGGGUCUUCAGACAACCUGCAGGCUUUAUCGCACAGAUCCGAGUCUGUAGUCAAGCUGCCUGUAGCCCUUGUAAGUCCACAACUCAAUAGCCAUAAAUGUCUGCACUGCGGAAAAACGUUCUUGUCACCUCGUGCUCUGCAGCAGCACCAGACUCUUCACAAAAAUGAGGAGCCCUACCAUUGUUCUUUGUGUUCACAGACCUUUACUGAAAUCAGAAAUCUUAUUGACCACCAUCAGGAGUGCUUGGGUGAUAAAGAGCUAAAAGACAGUGAAACUCUGCAGCAAGAGCUGUCAGGACUGCAGGCAGCAGUUCACUAACUGGAAGGCCUUCAGAAUUCAUAUUCGUGAACAUGUGAAUGAGAAGAGAAAAAUAAAUAGACAGGUGGAAUCUGUCACUGAUGGAAAUGACAGUGGUCUGAGAUACUUUACAAAAAAGAAAAAAGUGAAAGAAGAAAAAGAAACUGAUGAAGAUGAAUCUAUUGAUAGUUCUUGUCAGAGAAAACCAUCUGAGAUCUUCCCCUCCCAUCCUGCUUUUGAUAUGCUGUUAAAGGAAGAAAAGCCAGUGUUUGUGAAAACAAACAGGGUCUAUGCCUGUGCUGUCUGUGGAAAGGUCUAUUCCUACUUUGAGUCUUUCAGAAAUCACCAGAAACUGCACAUAACUAAAGACCAACAGCCUGAAAUCCGCUGUGAAAAAUGUCAGAAAACAUUCAGUCGUCCAGUCUCUCUCACACGUCAUCUGAAACUAAGCAAGCAGUGUGUUCCAGAAGAGCCUUCCGACCUUCACUGUGAACGGUGUGAUAAAUCUUUUACCUCUGCCAUGGUAUUGGCGAGCCAUCAGGAAAUGCACAAGCAGAGGCCUUUCUGGUGUGAUGUAUGCGCUAAAGGUUUCAGAAGUUCAGUAGGAUUGGAAAGACACUUGCUUGGUCAUGAAAACAAAAAACACAUCUGCGAUAUCUGCCAGAAGUCCUUUCGGGUAGCAGCAGAACUGCGGUACCAUUACAACAUUCACACUGGUGCCAAGCCUUACACGUGCAAUCUUUGCCACAAGAGCUUCUCGCAAAUGGGAAAUCUAAUUACCCAUCGGAAAAAACAUCUGGAGGUCUUUAAAGAAGGAGAGGAUGCUCCCCUCGGGAAAAGGGACGCUGGUUUAAGAGGAAAGAAUCGAGUGUCAGUUAUGAAGAAAGUUGUUUUAGGAGCAAAUUAUGUUUUUGGUCAGGAAAAAGUAAUGAAGAAGGAUCCAAGCGAAAACUGUGAAGAGAAACAUGUUGAUGUCAAUGACGCCACCUUACCUGAGAGCGAUUCACCUGACACUAGUGACUCAUCAGACAUCUCAUCAGAUGAAUCACAAAAAUGUUUAAAAGAAGAACAGGAAGAGACUUUGCAAGUUCAGGAAGUUGAUGAUGACUGGGAGUGUAUUGAAUGUGGUGCACAUUUCACUGGGGAGUCUGAGCUUCACAUGCAUUAUAUGAAGCAUGCAAGUGGGGAAGUUUGAUACACAGUAUGCUUAUUAUUAAACUGGCAUUUUGACUUGCUCUUUUUCUCAAUAACUGAAUGUCUCAAUGACCAAAGUCAGCCUAGUUGACACGCAAUACUAUUAGACUUUAAAAUGCAUUAUAUGAUUUAUUUUGUCUCUGUGAGUUAAUUUUUGGAGGCUUGGAUUAUGUUAAUUAAAUCACCAGAUUGCCUAGUUUGCUUUUGGACACCUUGUACUUCACUGCUUAACAUUCAAACGUUGUAUUUUAGAUACACCUUUAUCUGAGAGGCCUUCAUUUAUUAAGAAAUGGAAUUUGACGCUAAUACCAAUCGCUGCUUUAAACUAGCUGUUU